AUGCCCGCCACUCGAAAUCAACGUGCUCAGCGACCAGUAUCGGUAGCCGUACCACCAGCACGCCGUUCCCAUCGCGCUCGAGCGCCCCGUGCCUCAGGAACAACCACGACGGUUCCUUCGUCCAGUUCUCCUCGGCCAGCAACAGCUGCUCCUCUUGCUCCAGCCUCGGCUAUCACGCCCCAACAGCUCCAAGAGAUCGUCAGCUCCGUAACCGCAGAAGUGACUCGACGCCUGCAAACUGUAGCAACUCCAGUGCCUGGUGUCCACGCAGUCCCAUCGAGUUCUCCUUCUGGACCUGCUGCCUCAGUUACGGAAUCGCCUAUUGUCCGCAUCUCAGAGCAUGUUGCGACUCCUCCGACGGCUGUGGCGCAACUUGCUGUUUCCAACGCUCUUGGUUCGGCCCACGCCACAAUUUCAGGUGAGACGUUUUUGGCGCCUAAUUCUAGCCAUGUUCAACCAACGCAGGAAUAUCACUCUAUUAGUUUACCUAUAGACUGUCGGAUUUCCAUUAAACUUAAAAAUAAAAUUUGGAACGAUGAAUACAUCGAUUUCGGGUCUUUGUUGAGCAAUCCAAUGUCAGAUAACAAAUUCCAAUUGAGCUUUAGCUCUUCUGACGCCGGUUUACCACCAUCUCUUUCUGUAGAGCCGAUAAGUAAAGCCAAGAAAAUAACAAAUAUUUCUGUUUGGAUGAGUGCGUUUCGCAUUUUUGUAGGGGUUUAUGCUCAAAAGUAUCCUCAUGAGUCCCCCGCACUCAUGAAAUACGGGGAUAUAGUACAGGACUUGGCAGAUCGGGGUCAAAAUUGGCGGUUCUAUGAUGAAAACUUUCGCUUUUUGCGUCAAACCCAGCGUAGUUUGUUGUCUUGGGCCAAUGUUCACUGGGAAUUGUGGCUGCGAUCGCAGCAUACUUCGCAAAAAUCACCCAGUACAAUGCAACGUGCCCCGUCUACCCUUUCUGGUAAGGGGCCGCAAAAUUCAAUUCCUCGAGGCUACUGCUUCAAGUUUCACAAAGGAGAGGCUUGUUCUGGGUGUGAAUUUAAACAUUCCUGUUUUAAGUGUGACGGCCUACACCCUGGCCUUAAAUGUAAUUUUCGUGGCCAACUCAGGCGAGAUUUUCCCAGACCAACCCGUAAUUCUGCCAAGUCAGGUGCUGCUCCCAACGCCAAUCAACCUAAAUCGGCUUGAGCCAUAUUUAAACGGCUAUUUUGCAGACAUAAUUUCUACGCUCGUUUCUGGUUUUACUCAUGGUUUUGCGUUACAUUUUUCUGGUGUUGUUAAUACCCAAGAAGGCAAAAAUCUGCCUUCGGCUUUAGCUAAUCCAACCGUGGUUGAUAAAAAACUUGCUAAAGAACUGUCAGCUCUCAGGCUUGCGGGGCCUUUUACUGCCGCGCCAUUUCACCCAUUUAGGGUUUCUCCGUUAGGUCUAGUCCCAAAAAAGACCAUAGGCGAAUUUCGUUUGAUUCACCAUUUGUCCUUCCCGCGCGGUUCUUCUGUCAACGAUGGCAUAGCUACUGAAAACACUAGCGUGCACUAUGCCACAGUUGCAGAUGCUAUUCGUUUAAUUAAACUCGCGGGACCUGGAUGUUUUCUUGCAAAAACCGACGUGAAGAACGCUUUUCGCAUUAUACCAAUUCGACCCUCCGACCAUUAUCUGUUGGGCAUGAAAUGGCGCGGACGGUAUUACUCCGCGAUUUACGUUCGACUGACUUCAAUGGCAUAGUCUUUGGCGUGUAGUCCUGCCACCUUUACUGGCAAUGAACAUUAACAGACUCAAGUUAUUAACUGAAAUUAUCAAUUUUAAUGAUUUUAUGAUAUUUCUAAUUAAAUGACGAGAUUUUAAAUAAAGCGGCUGUGAAUCAAUUUCACAGCCAAAUUAUCCCAAGUCGGGUGUUUUGUUUUGCCAGUAAACUGA